GCAGCAAUAAAACCGGGAGAAAGAGAGCGAGAAAGAAUUUUAAAAACGGGAGAAAGAAGCAGAAAAAAGAUAAAAGAAAAAAAUAGAACGCCUUUGAUCUGACCAGACUUGCGUGCCGGGAUAGAGCGCGCGCGCGCGCGGGGGAAUACCGAGUGCGUCGGGGUGCGAGAGGACGCGCGCGCUCUGCUGGAUCCGCGCGAGGCUUGUUCCUCUCCGUCUCACCGUGUGUAUCUCUGGCUCUUUUGGAUGCUGGAUCGAAGCCUCACCCCGGAUUCAAGUAAAGAGGACAUCGAUCUUUACGUUGCAAACUAGACACCGUCUUCUGCGUCAGUUCUGAGUCAUUUAAACCACAGUUAACAAUGGAGAACACAUACAGAGAGAGAACUUCUCUUGCCCGUGGUGCUCGCGAUAUCGCCAAAGAAGCCAAACGACAUGCAGUCAAAAAAGUGAACAAAGCCAUGGACCGGGCAUCAGACGAGUACUCAGGCCGUACGUACCACCGUUUCGAAAAUGACGAGGAAGACGAGGGCGGAGACGAUGACCGCUACUACUACCAGGACGGUCAGGCCAAGCAACACGAGGAUGACGAAGGAUCCAGCGACGCCACCGAAGGCCAUGACGACGAAGACGAGAUCUACGAGGGCGAGUACCAGGGUGUGCCCGGGACAGGGGACGGACAGGUGGCACUGGGGCGGGUGGUUGCAGAUGGAGCGAAGGACAAGAAAGAGCUGGAGAAAGAGCGGGAGGCGGAGGAGGAGGAGCUAGCGCAACAGUACGAGCUGAUCAUCCAGGAGUGCGGACACGGCCGCUUCCAGUGGCAGCUCUUCUUCGUGCUGGGGUUGGCGCUCAUGUCUGACGGCGUGGAGGUUUUCGUUGUUGGGUUCGUGUUGCCGAGUGCUGAGACUGACAUGUGCGUGCCCAACUCUGGAGCAGGGUGGCUGGGUAGUAUCGUGUACCUGGGGAUGAUGGUGGGAGCGUUUUUCUGGGGCGGUCUGUCAGAUAAAGUGGGCCGGAGGCAGUGUUUGCUGGUGUGUAUGUCCGUGAACGGCUUCUUUGCCUUCCUGUCCUCGUUCGUGCAAGGCUACAGCACAUUCCUCUUUUGCAGGAUGCUCUCGGGAUUUGGGAUUGGCGGGGCCGUGCCCAUCGUGUUCUCGUACUUCGCAGAGUUCCUGGCGAGGGAGAAGCGUGGCGAGCACCUGAGCUGGCUCUGCAUGUUCUGGAUGAUAGGCGGCAUCUACGCUUCAGCCAUGGCCUGGGCCAUCAUCCCUCACUACGGCUGGAGUUUCAGCAUGGGCUCAGCGUAUCAGUUCCACAGCUGGAGAGUGUUCGUGGUCGUCUGUGCACUACCGUGUGUCUGCGCAGUCGUCUCUCUUACCUUCAUGCCAGAAAGUCCACGCUACUUCCUAGAGACUGGGAAACACGAUGAGGCGUGGAUGGUUCUGAAACAGGUCCAUGACACCAACAUGCGUGCACGAGGAGAACCAGAGAAAGUUUUUACUGUGAACCGUAUAAAGAUCCCUAAGCAGUUGGAUGAGUUUGUUGAGAUGCAGUCCGAAUCUGCGAACCCUGCAGCUAAAGUUCUCUUCCGAAUCCGAAGUGAACUCCGCGGGAUUUGGCUAACAUUCCUUAAGUGCUGGGAUUACCCUGUUAAAGACAACACAGUGAAGCUGGCCAUAGUGUGGUUCUCGCUGUCUUUUGGGUACUACGGCCUCUCAGUGUGGUUUCCUGAUGUGAUUAAGCACCUUCAAGCGGACGAGUACGCGUCGAGGGUGAAGAUCCACAAAAACGAGCGCAUUGAAGACUUCACCUUCAACUUCACGCUGGAGAACCAGGUGCACAACAAUGGGUCGUUCAUCAAUGACAGGUUUAUUAGUAUGAAGUUUAAAUCGGUCACCUUUAAAGACUCCAUCUUCCAAAACUGCUUCUUCGAGGACGUCACUUCGGUUGGUACUUACUUCAAGAACUGCACCAUCAUGGACACCUUUUUCUACAAUACAGAUAUCGACGACUCUAAGUUUAUCGGCUCGUCGUUGAUCAACAGCACAUUUACCCAAAACAAGACGGGAUGCCAGGUCACAUUCGAUGACGACUACAGUGCCUACUGGGUGUACUUCAUCAACUUCCUAGGGACUCUGGCUGUGUUACCAGGCAACAUAGUCUCCGCCCUCCUGAUGGACAAAGUCGGGCGGUUGAGCAUGCUGGGAGGCUCGAUGGUUCUGUCAGGGAUCAGUUGCUUCUUCCUGUGGUUCGGUACCAGCGAGUCGAUGAUGAUCGCCAUGCUCUGCCUCUAUAACGGCCUCAGCAUAUCCGCAUGGAACUCUCUGGAUGUAGUCACAGCUGAGCUGUAUCCCACAGACAGGAGGGGUACCGGAUUUGGGUUCUGCAACGCCAUGUGUAAGCUGGCGGCCGUGUUGGGGAACCUGAUCUUCGGCUCGUUGGUGGGCAUUACUAUAGCCAUUCCCAUCCUCCUGGCAUCCUGUGUCCUGGUUGCCGGUGGCCUCGUGGGACUCCGGCUCCCUGACACGCGUGACAACGUCCUCAUGUGACCUCUGACCUCUGACCGCUCCCCUCCAACCAGAGAGGUGCCACGGAAACGGGACGGACACUCCGGGCUGGAGCAGCUGCAACAGGCCGCAACGUCGUCUGAUCAUUUAUUGAGUUGUACGCUCAGUAUUAUUGUAGUUUAUUUAUUUAUUUGUUUGUUUGUUCAUUUAAAGCUGCAGUAUGUAACAUUUGCAGACCUCUCUGGUGAAUAUAUUUUACCAAAUUUACAUUUGAGAACGUUUUGAUGACCCUGGGGCAAUUCUCUGAUAGCAGCUGAACAUUCUUCGUGCCUAAUGUUUUGGCGUCGAUUUGCGAUGAUGUAUAAAUCUAAUAAUAAUAAUAAUAAUAAUAAUAGUAAUAAUGAAUAAGUAAAUCUCAGAGGGAAGCACAACCCGAACGCAUGGACCUUCCUAAAUUGCAUCCAUUUCUUUUUCCUCUCUAGGCCCAAUAGUACUUACUAUUUCUUUAACUUUGUUUAGAGCGAAAUGUUACUUACUGCAGCUUUAAGCUCAAGUCAUAUUUAUGGCUAUUUUAUUGAUGUAAAAAAAAGCCCAAUCUUGACCAAAAUUUUGCAAAACAUACAGAAUGCCUUAGCUGAGCUAUCCUAAAUCUUACAGUGCCAAAAGGAGACACUAAGUCAUCUGAUGAAAAUAUUAGCCCAGUCAAGUUUAUAACAGAGAUCUGUGAUUUCAUUAUUAUAUUUUUUUAUUUAACUCUGUCAAAUCUAUUAUAAUUAUUAUUAUUAUUAUUAUGGACGAUGUUAAAGCCUUCACACCCGAGUCGAUCCAAGGCCACAGAAGAAAAAAAAAAAAAAACAGCAGCUACUCCUAUUAGCGUCAGCAGAAUCGCAUCUGAUCUCUGCUAGAACCUCGCAGAAAAGAACCUCUCUCUUUUUCUAUUUGUCUUUAUUUAAAAGCAGAAGACGUUUUAAAGCAGCGAUAAGGCUUUCGCCUUUGCUCUCGUUUUUGUCUUUGUGAGCCGUGUGGUUAAUCUACGUACGCUUAUUUGCAAGGGCUUUGCUUCGUAGUACUUGUUGUUUCAUUUCUCUUCGGUGUGUCCAUCUAUCUGUGUGUUUUCUCCUCUAAUCCGAGUCUGCAUGUGUGUCCGAGCGCGUGUACGUCCGACGGCCCUUGCGACGCUGCUAUGCUGUAGUGUUUCUCAGUCGUGCUGCUCUGCGUUCAGUCUCCUCUAAUCACGGAAUGGCCUUCUUUCUCGACACCGUGCCUCUUUCCCCUCAAUUAUUUCAUCCGUGCUUUUCUCGAUGCCUGCUGCACGUCAGUGUUUCAUCCCGCUGUCCUGUGUGUGAAUCUCCUACCUGCCCUACAACCUUUAAAGAACUCAACUGCGGUCAGACUAAACGUGACAGACAGCCGUGUAACAGGUGCUCGGGUCAAAAUGAGUAGCAGGUCACUCGAUCUGGAAGACUCUGUCCGGCCAGUGUGAUGCGGAUGUGAAGCCAUUUUCUGCACUGCAGUUCCAGGAACCUUUUACAUUUACUGUGUUACAGAGAUACCUUCUGACAGAGCAGGACCUAUGACAUGGAGGUUUUUGUAAUGAUGUCAGGUGCAGGUGUAAAUUCUGUAAACUUUACAGAAUUUAUAUUAAAAAAAAACAACAGACAGUCCUUAUGGAAAUAUUAUAUAUUUAAAAUGUUUAUUACAAGUUACUUUACAGCAGAGGUGGGAAACGUAAAAAAAAAAAUCUUGUAGUUGAGUAAAAGUAGAAGUCUACUUUAUAACUACUUGUUUAGCUUUUGAGUCCUAAGUACAGAAGGACUCACCUUCGAAUUUACUGAAGUAUUAAAAAGUACAGGGCUUGCAUUAGUUUACAGUAGCCUUUACCAUAGUGAAAAAUCUCUCUAUCUGCUUCCCGAUUGUGCUGUUUCUGGUUUGUGAAACUAUACGAUAUUUGGCGUGUCUUGAAGGAAAGACAAGUCACGCAGUUACAUAUAUUAGUCAGCAGGUGGCAGAAUUCCUGCUUCAAAUACUACACACCGCUGUCAUGACGUACUACGGCAUGCUGAAAGGCAGUUAAGUAAAAGUACAGAUAUUUGCUGUACUUUCGAACGGAGUAAGAGUAAAAAGUGGCUUCUAAUAAAACUACUGGAGUAAAGUAAAAUAUAUAUUAAAUAAAUGUACCCAGUUACCGCCCACUUCUGCUUUAAAGACAUUUGAAACAUCAGUUUUACACUUACAACCGAUUCUAUUGUAUUUUUUCAUUCACUGAUUGGGAGAUACACAUGAGAGAACCCUUAAAAAUAAACAAAAAAAGAUCAAACAUAGCUCAUAACUUUCAUCUUCUUUCUUUCAGAGCUAACAGAAAAAAGUCACAUAUCAACUUCUUUUAGUGCAGAAUUUCCACUCAAGUAAAACAUGUGCUUAGAUACAAAAUAAAUAAUUAUGGUUUAUUAAUGAUUAAAUAAUGUUAGGUUUAUGUUUAACUCAUUUAAUUGAAUUAAAUAUAUUUACAAACUUAAUUUAUUGUAGUAAAACAGACAUUAUAAAUAAAUAUAAAAAAGGCCAUAAUCAUGUUUAGGUUAAUUCCGCACCAGGAUUCAAACUUGUG